AUGAUUCUGAUUUUUCCAGAAUUUGAAAUAUCUGGCCCAGGCAAACAGGGAGGCAAGGCGCGAGCCAAGGCUAAGUCGCGCUCGUCACGCGCGAAUCUGCAGUUCCCCGUGGGCCGCGUGCACCGCCUGCUCCGCAAGGGCAAUUACUGGGAGCGCGUGGGCGCCGGCGCCCGGGUGUACCUGGCCGCGGUGCUCCAGUACCUGACGGCAGAGAUCCUGGAGCUGCAGCUGGCCAUCCGCAAUGACGAGGAGCUCAACAAGCUGCUGGGCCGCAAGCAUAUCCAGGCCGUGCUGCUGCCCAAGAAGACCGAGAACCUGCACAAGGCCAAGGGCAAGUGA